AUGCAUCUCUCAACUCUCUUGCUGCCGUUGGCGGCGGCAGCGGCGGUGCAUGCGUCUGCACUGACCGUUCAAAAUGCGCGUGUCACCGUCUCCUCAGACGCGACGCAGCUGCUCACGGAACAGCUUUCACUCGACGGGACGCUACCGUCGUUGUCCUUAGGACCGACGGACACACUGAAGCUCACGUUCCAAGUGGCAGAGAAGGAUGGGGGAAAGGGCGUGCAGCCUCACCAGACAUUCUUGCGGUUCGAGUCUGGAGGCGAGGAGGGUGUACAACCUGUGCGGGUGACGGCUGGAGGGAAGGCGAAAUUUGAACUGAACAUGGCCAAGCCGCCCUCGUCCCUCCCUCCAACAACGACCGAGCCCGUCAAGGUCCAGCUCCUCCUCGGCUCCUUCAAGCACUCCCCCUCAAAAUUCGACCUCUUCGAGCUGACUGUCCCGGCGUCCGCACCACCCGCCCAACACCCCGACGAGGCCUCGUUCCACCCGCUCCCGCCCAUCGAGCACACCUUCCGCCCCGAGCAGAAGGUGCCGCCCAAGUUCGUCUCCGCAGUGUUCUCCGCGCUCGUAGUCGCGCCGUGGGUAGUGCUCCUCGGACUCUGGUCCACGCUACAAUACCGCGUCCCGCACCUCUUCUCGCCGCACAUUCUCCCCUUCACCUCCUCCCUCGCGGCAUUCGAGGCACUACUACUAUGGUACUGGGUUGAUCUCAAAUUGGGACAGGUCUUGCUGUACGGGGCGAUCUUGGGCGUUGUCACCGCUGUAACCGGCAAGCAGGCUCUGGGAGCCGCCGGCGAUUGGCGCCUCGGGAAGAGAUGA